GAACAUAUUUUAAAAUUGAGGUGUAAAAUCGAAAAAUGGAAAAAUGUCGAGUAUUUACAUGCCAAUACCCUAUUCAAAUUUGAUAAAACUUCGAUAGCUUAGCAAACUAACCCUUGAAAAAAUGGUUACCUACUAUUACAACUACUCCUAGUCGGUCACAUUGAAAGUUUUGAAAUUUUGGGACCAUGUUGGUGGGACCUAUACUACGCUACCCUCACCAUCUGGACUACUCCAAAGCCACACAAUAUCACCAUUAACAUGAUGCAGAAAGAUGAACACCGCACCUUUUCAAUCAAGGAAAGAGAAAGGAAAAGAAAAAGUGGAAUCUAGUCGAUAUUUGUAUGGGGUAACAAUUAUGAGGUUGGUAAUCCGCGCGAUUUAUUACUUAAACCAGUAAGGUACAUACGAACCAAAUUUAGAGAGAAGAAUUCCCGGCGGAAACAAAAUCAAAGUGAUCGGCGGGAGAUGGCGGCGGAGGCGGCGAUCUCAUCUACGGUGGAGCUGCUGGGCGAUCAGCUCAUCCACAAGGUGAAAUUCCUGCGCGGCGUUCGCGGGCAAGUCCAGCUGCUGAAGGAGGAGCUGAAGAGGAUGCAAUCCUUUCUCAAAGACGCCAACAAGAAGCAAGCGGAAGACGAGAGCGUGCGUAGCUGGAUAUCAGAGAUCAGAGAUGUGGCUCACGACGCCGAAGAUACGAUCGAGAUGUUCCUCGUCAACGUCGAGCACGCGAGGAACAGGGGGCUUCUGAAGAGAUGCAUCAGCUUCGCGAAGCGCAUGCGCCACCUCGACAGAAUUGGGGGCGAGAUCGAGUCGAUCCGCGCUCGACUCGCCGCCGUCGACGAAAGCCGCGAGAGGUGCGGGAUUCGGAGCCUCGAGGAGGCGGCCGAUUCGACGCAGUUUUCUCUUCGGCAAAAAGACGAAUACCUGGUGGGCGUGGAUGAGGAUGUGAGGAAGCUGCUGCGGGAGUCGGUUUUAGAUGAGGAGAAGAGAGGGCUCUCGGUUGUGGUCAUAGAUGGGGCGGGUGGGAUCGGGAAAUCGACGCUUGCGAGGGAAAUAUACAAGCACCGCGACGUCGGGGACGGCCGAUUCGAGUGCCGCGGUUGGGUGGUGGUUUCGAGUGGAUGCACGCGGGAGGAGACGAUGAAGCGGCUGAUCUUGGAGCUGCCCGGCUCGGACAAGCAGAAGCUGCGGGAAGUGGUGGAGACGGCGGAAGACGAGGCUUAUAUUCAACGGAAGCUGCGGGAAAUGCUGCAUCAGCAGCUGCGGGGCAAAAAUUACUUGAUAGUGUUGGAUGAUGUGUGGGAGAAGGAGCAUUGGGAAUAUUUGAAGACUGCUUUUCCUAAUGAAAAAGAUAAAACAAGUAGAUUAUUGGUUACAACUCGCAACAAGCUUAUUGCUAAGCACAGUGAAUAUGAGCACGAGAUGAAGGGUUUAGACCCCGAGAAGAGUUGGGAAUUGUUACUGAACAAGGCAAAUAUUGGUAGCAGCAAUGGCAAAUGUCCAGAAGAAUUGGAAACCAUAGGUAGAGAAAUCGUGGGAAAAUGUUGUGGUCUACCAUUAGCAAUCAGUGUUGCAGGAGGCUUACUCGUGGAAACACAAACCAAGAGUGGCUGGGAGCGAGUUCUUAACCAAAUAAACUCUUACUUAGCAAGAGCUGAAAGAGGCGUAUCAACGAUUUUGGAGUUGAGUUAUCAGAAUUUGUCUCCGCAGUUAAAAUCAUGCUUCUUGUUUCUAGCCUUUUUCAAGGAAUACUACAGCAUUCCUGUGAAAAGGCUAGUAGAUAUAUGGAUUGCACAAGGCUUGAUCCGACACGAAGGAAACAGAACAACUGAUGAGAUAGCGAGAGGCUGUUUAAAUGAGCUGAUCAAUCGAAGCAUGGUUCAAAUUGAUCAGGAUUUCAUCCACGAUGGCCGGGUAGAAAACUGUCGCCUCCAUGAUCUUCUCAGCGCCUUAUGCUUAAGAAAAGCAGAGGAGGAAAUAGGGUUGGAGAUUAUAAAAGGUGAUGACGGUUUUUCACUAGCAAAAUCCUCUUAUAAACAUCGCCAUCGUGUUGUCCACGGCCGCGUAAACCAUGAGACUUCGUCAUUGGAUCAGAACAAGCAUCUUCGCUCUCUUUUUCUACUCAAUGCUGGUGUUAAUGACAACAUCUGUGUGAAUACUCCAUCUCUUUACUGGAAGAGCUUUCAACUCCUCAAGAUGCUUGAUCUUGACGGCUUUAGGUUACAGAGCUUGCCCGACUGCUUUCGCUCGUUGAUUGGAUUGAAGUACUUGAGAAUACACAGACAAAGCUACUCUUCGAGCAGUCAUGUAUUGAAGCUCCCAAGCUGGCUGGAUCGCCUUAAAAAACUCGAGGUUCUCAUCGUGGAGAAUGACACUGUGGUAUUCCCAAACGUAGCGCUGAAAAUGGAAAGACUGCGUCAAUUUCAUGCACGUGGCGUGGAGGGAAGGGCGAUGAGCAUAGAGAAUUGGGAAAAUAUCGAGACAUUGAAACUGAUAAGACUAAAGGAUUGGAUGGAAUGCAGCUCGAGUUUAACGGCUAACUGCCAUCUCCGCGAGCUGCACAUGUUGAUGGAAGGCGAUCACGAGCUGAGCAGGGCGAAGGCGUUGCUCGAGAAGAUGACGAAUCUCGUGGAGCUACGUCUCGAGUUUCAUGUGUCGUUGUCUCAAAUGGAGAAGAUAAUCCCCUGUCUCGACAGCCUCACUACACUUGAAGUGAGCGGCUGGAUGCUCGAGUGUCCUGAUGCGAGCGUGUUCCCUCGGAAUCUCUCUCGCCUCACGUUGUCGAACCUGAACGACGAUCCGAUGCAAGAGCUGGGGAAGCUGCCGAAGCUGCGGUACCUCGUGUUGUCUAAUUCGAAGGAGAAUUAUGUGGAUUGGAGGAUGAAAGUUUUGCACGAUGGGUUCCCCUGCCUCGAGGCCCUCUCGCUCCAACGCAUGGAUGAUCUGAGAGGAAUCGACAUUGAAGAAGGUGGAAUGCCGCGCCUCAAGCGACUGCAAAUCCAUGAUUGUCCGCAUCUGGAGACGAGGAAUCUUCCUAAACACAUCAUCGUAUCAGCUGCAUAACUUAACCUCGAGUGUAUGCCUCAUUUUAGGUUGUGACUAUCAUUUUUAUAUCAUACAGAGUGUAGUUCAAACAGGGAGAACAAUAGUUCCUGGACUCGGUCCAAAUCCGUCAAUCCAAAUCCUUUUUCUAGGAUUUGGAUCUUGUAAAAGAUGAAUUCUAUCGAUAUGGACCGGAUUUAAAUUAUUCCUAAGAUUUUCGGAUUUUGACCUCGAACAAAAGUUCUGAGACCCAGAUCCGACCUGUAGAUCCAGUUAUUAAUAUUUUUUUUUUCAAUGUAGAAUAGAAGACACAUUGUUCCACUGUUAUUGAAUAUUGUGAUGAAAAUAGAGAUAAAAUUGAUUUUAAUGAUAUGGUAAUUAAUUUGUA